GUACUGAAACACUGAUUCUCAGAUUGUUGUAUGGUAAAGAGUACUGAACCACUGAUUCUCAGAUUGUUGUAUGGUAAAGAGAUUCUGUGAAGACCGCACUUUCCCGGGAGUCUCUAAUAUCAUUUUGUGAAGAUGAAUAAGGAAUUAGAGAUAAUUGAGAACAUUUUGAAGGAUCCCUCUGAGAUUUACAAACUGAGUGGAGAGGAACUUAAAUUUGAUGAUGUUGCAAUUUACUUCACCAAAGAGGAAUGGGACUGUCUAAAAGAGGAACAAAAGGAUCUUUACAAGAAUGUGAUGAAAGAGAAUUACCAGAAUCUCCUAAACCUAGGAUAUGCUAAUGUGAAGCCUAAAAUUAUAUCAUCAAUUGAACGAGGAGAAGAACCGUAUUUAAGAGGCCCUCAUCAAGUAAAGGAGGACGUGCAUUUACAUCACAGCAUAAAUGGAGCCAUGGACAACACUUUUCCAGAAAUUUGUCAUAUUCCACUUAGUUUCCAGAAUUGCAAGCUUGAAGAUAUCAGCGUUACUCAAACAUAUGAAAAAGUAAAAUGCAACAGAAGAAGUACACCGUACAUGAGUUUAAAAAAGUGUGUAAGAAUUAUGGGUAACAAAAAAUGUUAUACUGAUGGUGAUUUCACUGAAGAGCUGUUUCCCAUGAAUGUGGAAAACAUAGGAACAGAAGCUAUAAGUAUUAAACUGUAUCAUAUUGAGAACCCCAAAGCCCAAAAUAUCCCCAAGAACCUAACAGUAACAGAGUGUAAUUUUAGUGAACAUACUAAAAAGCUCAUUAGUCAGUUAGUUUAUGCAUCCGAUCACAUUGCACAAAACAGGGAGAAACAAUAUAAUUGCCCCAAUUGUCAGAAAAGUUUUUCUUGUAAUGCUGAUCUAUUUAAGCAUCAAUCUGAAUGUUGUUAUAUCAAGUCACAUGUUAGACCGUUUAAUAGUUAUAUAGAGGAGCGUUCAUUUGUAUGUCAAGAAUGUGGGAAAGCUUUCAAGCGGAAAUCACAUUUAAACAGACAUCUGAGGAUUCAUACCAGAAAAAAAACAUUUGCGUGUUCUGUAUGCGGUAAAUGUUUUGCAGAUAAUGCACAUCUUGCUAGACAUUUUAAGGUUCACUCUGGAGAAAGAUCAUUUGAAUGUCCUGAAUGUAAAAAAUGUUUUGGCCGGAAAUCACAUCUAGAUAGACAUCAGCUUCUUCACAUAGAAAAAAAACCAUUUCCAUGUUUAGAAUGUGGAAAAUGCUUUACAAAUAACUCACAACUGCUUAAACAUCAGACAGUUCAUCCAGAAUUAAGAACAUUUAAUUGUACAGAUUGUGGUAAAUGUUUUAGCAAUAAUGCAUAUCUUGCAAUACAUCAGCAGAUCCAUGUGAAAGAAAACCCAAUCGCAUGUUUUGAAUGUGGGAAAUGUUUCAGACAUGAGUCACAACUUCUUAUACAUCAACGGAUUCAUAUUGAAAAGAAACCAUUUGUAUGUCCUGAUUGUGGAAAAUGUUUCUGCCAUAAUUCACAGCUUAUUAUACAUCAACGGAUCCACACAGGUGAGAAACCAUUUCUAUGUCUUGUAUGUGGAAAAUGCUUUAGAUUAAAAUCUCAGCUUGUUGUGCAUCAGAGGACUCACACAGGAGAGAAACCAUUUGUGUGUUCUGAGUGCGGAAAAUGUUUCAGUCAGAAGCCCAAUCUUGUUACUCAUCAAAUGAUUCACACUGGAGACAUCCCAAUUACCUGCGUUGAAUGUGGAAAAGGAUUUAGCCAUAAGUCUCAAUUUGUUAUACAUCAGCGGAUUCACACAGGAGAGAAACCGUUUGUAUGUUCUGAUUGUGGCAAAGCUUUCAGACUGAAAUCACAAUUAGUUAUACAUCAGCGGACUCAUACAGGUGAAAAACCGUUUGCAUGCAUUGAAUGUGGGAAGCGAUUUAGCCAGAAAACAAAUCUUGUUACUCAUCAAAUGAGUCAUACAGGAAUGAAACCUUUUGAAUGUUCAGUUUGUGGAAAAUGUUUUAAUAACAAGGCAUACCUUGUUUCACAUCAGCGGAUUCAUUCAGGAGAUAACCAGAUAAUAUGUGCUGAAUGUGGGAAAUGUUUCUGUCAUAAGUCACAGUUUAUUAUACAUCAGAGAAUUCAUACAGGUGAGAAACCAUUUAUAUGCUCUGAUUGUGGCAAAGCUUUCAGACUUAAGUCACAGCUUGUUAUACAUCAGAGGAUUCACACAGGAGAAAAACCAUUCACGUGCCCUGAAUGUGGGAAAUGUUUUAGUCAAAAGACAAAUCUCGUUACACAUCGACGACUACAUACAGAAAUGAAACCAUAUGUCUGCUCUGAUUGUGGAAAAUGUUUCACUCAAAAGACCAAUCUGGUUACACAUCAAAUGAUUCACACUGGACUGAAACCUUUUUCAUGUUCUAAAUGUGGGAAAUGUUUCAAUAAUAAGGCUUACUUGGUCAUGCAUCAGCGUGUACAUACUCGAGCUAACUCAAUAGCAUGUGCUGAAUGUGGUAAAUGCUUUACUCAUAAAUCACAAUUUAUUAUACAUCAACGGAUUCACACAGGAGAGAAACCAUUUGUAUGCUUGUACUGUGUAAAAUCCUUCCGAUUAAAGUCCCAGCUUGUCGUACAUCAACGGAUUCACACUGGAGAGAGGCCAUUUGUAUGUACAGUAUGUGGAAAAGGCUUCAGUCAGAAAACAAAUCUUGUUACUCAUCAAAGGGGACAUUCAGAAGUAAAGCCAUUUGUGUGUACAGAAUGUGGAAAAGGUUUUACGCAGAAGACAAAUCUUGUUACACAUCAGAUGAUUCACACUGGACUAAAACCAUUUGCGUGCUCCCAGUGUGGAAAGUGCUUUAAUAAUAAGGCAUACUUAGCUAUACAUAAAAGAAUUCAUACAGGUGAGAAGCCAUUUGCAUGCUCUGUAUGCGGCAAAUGCUUUCGACAGAGAACUAAUCUUGUUACACAUCAAAGGUUACAUUCUGGGAAAAAACCAUAUGGAUGUUCUGAGUGUGGAAAGUGGUUUACAGAUAACUCACAACUUAUUAAACACUUUAAGAUACACAGCGGAGAAAAACCAUUUGCUUGUUCUGAAUGUCAAAAGUGUUUCAGAUUAAAAGAACAUCUUGAUAGACAUCAGAAAAUUCACACUGGAGACAACACUGUUUCAUGUGUUGAAUGUGGCAAGUCUUUCAGUCAUAAGUCACAAUUGGUUAUACAUCAACGAAUCCAUACUGGUGAAAAACCAUUUAUAUGCCCUGAAUGUGGUAAAUGUUUCACCCAAAAGACAAAUCUUGUAAAGCACCAAAUAAUCCACACUGGUAUUAAACCUUAUGCAUGUUCUAAAUGUGGGAAGUGUUUUAACAAUAAAGCAUAUCUUGUAACACAUCAGCGGAUUCACACAGGAGAAAAACCAUUUGCUUGUUCUGAAUGUGGAAAACGCUUCACCCAGAAAACAAAUCUUGUCACUCAUCAGAUGAUUCAUUCUGGAAUGAAACCAUUUGCGUGCCCUAAAUGUGGGAAAUGCUUUAAUAAUAAGGCAUAUCUUGCAAUACAUCAACGUACUCACACAGGAUAUAAUCCAAUUUCAUGUUCCGAUUGUGGAAAGUGUUUUAGCCAUAAAUCCCAAUUACUUAUACAUCAACGGAUUCACACAGGAGAAAAGCCAUUUUCUUGUUCUGUUUGUGGCAAAUCUUUUAGACUGAAAUCGCAGCUUGUUAUACAUCAGCGGACACACACAGGUGAAAAACCAUUUGCUUGUUCUGAUUGUGGAAAACGUUUCAACCAAAAGACAAAUCUUAUCACACAUCAAAGACUUCACACGGGACAGAAGCCGUUUGAAUGCACAGAAUGUGGGAAAACGUUCAGUCAAAAAACAAAUCUUGUUACGCAUAAAAAAUUACACAUGGGUAAACGACCUUUCACAUGUUUUAAAUGUGGAAAAUGUUUUAGUCAAAAAACAAAUCUUGUUACACAUCAAAAACUUCACACUUGAAUUUGCACUUUUGUAUUAUAUAGGAAAUUACUUCUAGUAAAGCAACAACAUUAACACAAUGAGGGCACAACCAACACAGGGUACCAUAAAAGAGCCUCAGUAUAUUUUUUUGGUGAAAUAAAGAAAUUAGUGCUCACUCACAUCUGAGAAAAAUGAAGUCCAGCGCUAUGGUCAUUGCCAGUUAAGUUGACUUCUUCCAUAAGAGAAACUGCUGAAACUACACUUGACUUGACAAAGGGUGUCUGGAACCAUUACAUAUGUUGUGUUCUGUUGUCAAGCUGAUUAUAGGCUACCAAUAUUGUUUUAUUUAUUAUGUAUUUUACAUUUAGUAGUUCUUUAUUACACUGUAGUUUUCCUUUUUCUUUGAGUAUGUUGUGACAAAUGAAUUGGAGUGAAUUGUUCCAAUAUAGGAAUAAACAGUAUCCUCUUUGCUUCUGGAGUUAUCCUGUAUACUGUUGCUCUAUUAUAGAACCAUAUAUUGAUCGUGCCCACAUUGCACCAACCUUGUGGAUUUUUACUGGGACAGUAAUGUCACAAUUAAACUUUCAUAAUUCAGAUAGACUCUGUGCAAUUUUCAGCAACUUUCCAAUUCACUUCUGUUAUCUAUUUUGCUUUGGUCUCUUUGUAGUCUUUUUAAAAAAAGCAUAGCUAGAUAGGCUCAGAAACAGCAAUACACUACUGUGAGAUAGUUUCUGAUUGGUGUCUACACUUAUACACCUCUUGUCAUUGGCUUACUGCAUGUGUUCAGCUAGCUCACAGUAGUGCUUUGCUGCUCAUCCAACAAGGAUUCCAAGAGAAUGAAGUGAAUGAAGCACAUUAGAUAAUAGAAGUAAAUUAAAAAAUCGUUUUAAAUUGUUUGCUGUCUGAAUCAUGUUCAUUUAAGGAAGUCUGCUGUUAAUAAUUAAGUGAUGCGUUGUUUGAUAUUACUGUUUAUAUAAUGUAAUGAGAAGACAAUGAGUUGCAUUUACAAUAUAUGAUUAUAUGUAAAGGAGUAGCAAACAAUAGAAUGGCACUGCAUAUAAGUAUCUCUAUUUUACAAUAUAUAUGCUGCUGUAAAUAGUGAGGACAGUACAGCAACAACAGAGGAAAACAAAUAAAACCAUUAUAGCUUUUCUAGA